CCCUAUGGAAUCUAAAUAAGGGCAAGAUAACCCCCGAUUCCCAGUGGGGGUGGAAAGUAGGUCAGUGCUACUGUCUGGCCAAGUCUCAUGGCAGUGUUUAAGGGCCGACUAUAGAAAACUCUGUGAUUAUUGUCCUCUGGCAAUACAUGCAUGACCUAGGUUCCAAGUCAGUUCAUAGAAUCCCAGUCCCUGUCAGUGCUUUGCUCUAUUGAGAAAAAAUCAUGGGCUCAGACACCUGGAACCUGGUUUGGUGUGGAGAUGAUUCAGGAGAUCUUGACUGAGCCUAGGAAAGUCUCUCAGUGAGUUUGUUGAUUUUAGGCCAUCUUCUGAGGAAACUUUCCCUGCUAGGGAAUUCAGCUUCAGUUUGGGCCUUCUUAUAUAUUACUCUAUUUCCAUCCUGUAACUUGUUAUGUGCAAAGUGGUUUUUUGUUGUUGUUGUUUUGUUUUGGGAGGGGAGCUUUGCCCUCUUCCUACUUUUCUUGCCUCGGAUAUGAGGCCGGCUUCCCAUGAAGUAAUUUUGCUUGCUAUCCUAAGACAGUUUUAGGAGCCCUGGAAUCUUCUCAGAAUCAGAGUAUGUGCGCAUAGGUUAGUCAGCUAUGACCAUGCAGUAUUCCCAGCUCCCCCUCUCUCUGCCAUCUGCUUCCUCUGAAUAUACCAGAUUGGCUGUACACCAGGAUGUUCCGGGAAUCCCCAGGAGAGCAACAGAAUGUGAUGGACCCAAAUAUGAUGCCUCAGUAACUCAUUCCAGGAUGUACAAACUGUGACUGUCAGGACACUCCUUAUAGCUAAUUAAAAUUCUUCUAGUUACAUCUAUUUUCUAUUACCUCUGUCUAUUUUCAGUGAUAUCUAAAAGGCCAAAAUAAUCCCUCUGGUACCACUGGGGUUUUUUUCCAACGGCUCCCAGAUAGGAAUUAAAAAAAAAAAAUUCUUUAGCUUUUCUCAGUGCCUUAUCUGUGAUGCUAAAAUGGCAAACGGGGCCCCUCUAUCCCUUCAUAGCUCUAUCUAUGGUACUGAGGUGGCCAAAGUGGCUUCUCUGGUAGCCCACUGCACUCUCCAUGGUACUGAAGGAAUGACCAUUUGUUUUCACAUCUCUCUGGGGUCCAGAAGGGUCCUGUGACUUAGAACCACAAAACUUUCUUCUAGCUGGAAGGGACUAUCAGUAUGAAUUAGUCCAACCCCCUUAUUUUACAGAUGAGUAAACUGGGAGGUUAAGUGAUUUACUGAAGGUUGUAGGGCUAUUAAUGGUCAGACUGGGCCCACAAUAGCCUUAUACCCCUCAGACCUAUUAUAACUCACCUUUCAUGACACUAUUCAGUGAGCCCAGCUAGGCUCUUAGUCCAAGGAAAGGAGUUUAUUUGGAGAAUCCAGAGGAUGAGACUGGAUGCCCUAGUUUGGAGCUAUAGAAAGACACAUAUUAAAUGGUAGUGGAGGUCAUCUAGUAACCCUUGGACAAGGACACUUUGUUAAUUAACCUUCUGCUAAUAAUGCUACUAUAGCUCAGAUUCCACAUGUAACAGGUACCUUCCGCUUCAUGGAGUCUUACCACAUCCACUAAAUGCUGAAAAUUGAAGAAGCCUUGGACUUCCAGAGCCUUUUCUCUCUGCUGAUAAGCAGGGCUGACUCUUGGCCCAGUUCUCUUCUAUUAAAGAUCCUUAAGCUAAAUAAUGCUUGAAUCCUUUUCUUUCUCAGUAACCCAUUUCAGUUUCAUAAUGCCUAUUGUAAGGAAGUUCUUUAUAUCUCAAAUAUUCUUUCUAUCUUAUGCAAAAAAAUAGGUUAGGCCCACAUUCAUUUAGCCUUGACCAGAUACAAUUCUGCAUGGAGGCAAAAAGGUAGACUGGAUGACUUCUGGUCAUCCUCUCAGGCCUAUUUCCAUGAAUCUUAAUUCUGGGGUUGCUUCUAAGUCCUAAUGGUGACCUCCUCUACAGCUUAGAAUCAGCAAUACUCCCACCCCAUCCUCUUCGUCUCAGUGCUCUUCUCCUUCCCUAGCACUGGAGGUCUGCACGUCCCAGGCCUAGGGAAUUUUAGCCUGGAGAAUUUUAACCCCUUCCUGCUCAGAGCAUGUGCUGAGCCCCUAUCUGUGCAGAUGGCCCAGCCCCGCCCCCCAUCCCUCACUCCAGCCUCUUGAGCUCAGAGCCAGUGUAAUCCUCCUCUUGUGUGAGGGAGCCUCUCCCCUGCAGAGAGGAGGAAAGCCUGCCUCGGAACAGCCCUGGACAAAGGGGCUCAGAUGCCCCAUCAUACCACAGGCUCCAAGGUUUGAAACAAGGGGAUGAAUCCUAUACGGUAUUUGCAGUUUUUAACCCUUUCCCCGGGCUGGCGGUGCCCCUUAACUUCCACUCCUCCCCCAACUCUCUCUUCAUUCCCUCUCCCUCUGGCUCUCUCCCCCUUCAUGCCCCUCCCCCUCUGUCUGUCUUCAGACUCACUGCUGCUGGGAGGUGUUUCUCUCCCAUGCAUGAAUGAGUCUCUGUAAUGAAUGGAAAUGAAUGGAUCAGGAAUCCAGGCGGAGGGAGGGAGAAUGAGGGGGGAAAAGACAGAAAUACAGGGUAAGGGCAGAAGGAAGCAGUGGAACCUGGAAGGAUGUUUGGCUGGCUGGUCAGUUAAGGGUCUGAGAGCAACUAGGGAGCAUGGCAGGCCCACCCCAUUUGUUCAUCACACUGUGCAGCCCAACCCAAAUGGGGAGAGGGGUAUAUACUGUGAUGGUUUCCCUAUCACCAGGGGGUGGGAUGGUAGUGGUGGUGGUUCUGUACAAGACAUUUAAAAUGUCCAAUCUGGGGAAGAAAUGUGGGGUAUUAGGGAGCCUCGUGGACUUAGCAAAUCAAGGGGUACAGUUUUUUAGUACAGCAGCCUCCUGUGCCUCAGAUGCAAGUAGGGAGAAGGGAUAGGUUUUAGGAAUACAAGGUGCUAAAAUUCUGGGGUAGAGGGUGACUCUUUCCACUGCUGAAAAUCAGGGCUCAUCUUUUCCUCCAAAUCUGUCUCUCUUGCUUUAGCUCCUCAGCACCUGUUGCCUUCAUUAGCAGCUUUUCCUCCUCUUCCCUGCACUCCCCAGAACCAAAGAAUGUGAAGGGGGUCCAUGGAGGGCUCACGUCCCCGUGCCCCAGGCGGCCACUUAGCGCCGUCACCACCUGCUUUCGACGGCGAGCUGGAUCUGCAGCGCUACUCCAACGGGCCAGGCGUGGGCGCGGGGUCGCCCGGGAUGGGAGCAGUGACCUGGUCUGAGAGUCGUGCAGGCGAAAGGCGUUUCCCCUGCCCUGUAUGCGGGAAGCGCUUCCGGUUCAACUCCAUCCUGGCUUUGCACCUGCGGGCGCAUCCAGGCUCCCAGGCCUUCCAGUGUCCACACUGCGGUCACCGCGCAGCGCAGCGGGCUCUGCUGCGCUCGCACCUGCGCACGCACCAGCCCGAACGUCCACGUAGCCCCGCUGCACGCCUGUUGCUGGAGUUGGAGGAGCGCGCGCUACUGCGCGAGGCCCGACUGGGGAGAGCCCGAAGCUCAGGGGGGAUGCAGACCACCCCUGCCACUGAGGGUCUGGCGCCGCCCCAGGCUUCUUCAUCGUCCUCCUUCCGUUGCCCCUACUGCAAAGGCAAGUUUCGCACCUCGGCGGAGCGGGAACGCCACCUGCACAUCCUGCACAGGCCCUGGAAGUGCGGCCUAUGCAGUUUCGGCUCCAGCCAGGAGGAGGAGCUGCUGCACCACAGCCUGACGGCCCACGGGGCUCCCGAGCGCCCCCUGGCGGCUACCUCCGCUUCACCCCAGCCCCAGCCUCCACCCCAGCCUGAACCCAGAUCGGCCCCGGAGCCGGAGCCCGAGCCCGAACGUGAGGCAACCCCGGUCCCCGCUCCUGCUGCUCCCGAGGAGCCUCCCGCACCUCCGGAGUUCCGCUGCCAAGUGUGCGGCCAGAGCUUUACACAGUCCUGGUUUCUCAAGGGCCACAUGCGCAAGCACAAGGCUUCCUUCGAUCAUGCGUGUCCCGUGUGUGGCCGCUGCUUCAAGGAGCCCUGGUUCCUUAAGAACCACAUGAAGGUGCACGCCAGCAAGCUGGGUCCACUGCGUGCCCCGGGGCCCGGUUCCGGGCCUGCCCGGGCCCCCCAACCUCCUGAUCUGGGCCUGCUGGCCUAUGAGCCUUUGGGCCCAGCCCUCCUCUUGGCCCCGGCGCCCACUCCUGCUGAGCGCCGUGAGCCCCCUAGCCUCUUGGGCUACCUGAGCCUGCGAGCUGGCGAAGGCCGGCCCAAUGGUGAGGGCGCGGAGCCUGGCGCCGGCCGCAGCUUUGGAGGCUUCCGCCCACUGCCCUCUGCUCUCCCGGCCCGGGCUCGGCGGCACCGCACAGAGGAGCCGGAGGAGGAAGAGGAGGUGGUGGAGGCGGAGGAGGAGACCUGGGCUCGCGGCAGGUCGCUGGGCCCUGUGGCUUCCCUGCACCCACGUCCGGGCGAGGGACCAGGGCACACUACGCCUGCUACGGGGGCCCAGGCAAGAUCGACCGCCACGCAGGAAGAGAAUGGGCUGUUGGUUGGAGGGACCCGGCCUGAAGGGGGCCGGGGGGCCACGGGAAAGGAUUGUCCCUUCUGCGGAAAAUCUUUCCGCUCAGCGCAUCACCUCAAAGUGCACCUGCGAGUGCACACAGGUGAGCGCCCCUACAAGUGUCCGCACUGCGACUACGCGGGCACCCAGUCCGGCUCGCUCAAGUAUCACCUACAGCGUCACCACCGGGAGCAGAGGAGCGGGGCGGGCCCUGGGCCACCCCCAGAGCCACCUCCCACCUCCCAGCGGGGUUCGGCCCCGCCGUCCGGAGCCAAGUCGGCUCCGCAGCCUGCAGCCUGGGUCGAGGGCACUGCAAGCCCCCGGCCUCCUUCCAGUGGUGCCGGGCCGGGGUCCCGUCGGAAACCCGCCAGCCCCGGGAGGACCCUGCGCAACGGGCGAGGCGGUGAGGCCGAACCCCUGGACCUGUCCCUGCGGGCUGGGCCAGGAGGCGAGGCCGGGCCGGGGGGCGCCCUCCAUCGUUGCCUCUUCUGCCCCUUUGCCACUGGAGCCCCCGAGCUCAUGGCCUUGCACCUUCAAGUGCACCACAGCCGCCGGGCUCGGGGCCGCCGGCCACCCCAGGCUGACGCGUCCCCUCCUUAUACCCGAGCACCAUCAGGAUCGACCCCUCCCAGUCCCUUGCAGGAAGGGGAGGAGGGCCCUGGGCUGUCGAGAUCGGGAGAGGCGGGGCUGGCAGGGCAAGAACGGUAGGGAGCCCUCUUAGGGGCGAUUAGCUUAGUGAGUUUACCCCGCCGGAGCCGGGGAGCGCUAGAGGUAGUUGGGUAGAGCAGCCAGCAGGGGGCAGCGUGGGACCCAUAUCCCAGCCCCAGGCGGACAAGAGGUGGAGGGGGCGGUGGGCGUAGGAAGGUGGGCGGGCGGUACCCACCCAGCCCAAGGGAGUCACAGUGCCUUAGAAGUGGCAGAGGUGAGGGUCAAAGAACGGGGUCCCAGGGCUGGCAGAGAAGGUUGUGUCCCUGUUGAGGAGCCACUCUGCCAGUCUUUGCUGGUCCAUAGGCGUGAGAGUUUAUUUUUGUACAAGGGGUGGGGGUGGGGGGCACUGUACCCUUCUUGCCCCAUCAGGGGCCCUGUAGACGUCGCUAUUUUUGGUACGAUUCCUGUCAUCCCUGUCGCAGAGUCGUGUCCCCAAUAAACAGGUGUCUUGAGGCACAGGCCCUGUGUCUGUCUAUGUCCUG